UCUUGAUGGCCCGUGUAUAUAUAUUGUGUAGGGAAGCCUCUUUCCAGUCACCCAAACCUUAUAGUUACACCAAUCAUCUCUUCCUUCCUUCCUUCUCCGCGGUCUCUGCUUCUCCCUCCCAACAUCUCUUUCACACACACCCACGACAAAAAUCAAGAUGGUUGACACACUGAGUGAAGAGAAGAUCAUUGGAUACUUCAAGAACAAGAGCAUCCUCAUCACUGGAUCAACCGGCUUUCUUGGAAAGAUACUGGUGGAGAAGAUACUGAGGGUUCAGCCUGAUGUGAGGAAGAUCUACCUCCCGGUACGGGCCGUGGAUGCCGCCGCGGCGAGGCAUCGGGUGGAGACUGAGGUGACAGGGAAGGAGCUGUUCGGGCUUCUAAGGGAGAAGCACGGGGACGGGUUUCAAUCUUUCAUCGGAGGGAAGAUCGUCCCGUUGGCCGGAGACGUGAUGCGUGAGGACUUCGGCGUCGACAGCGAGACUCUAAAGGAGCUCCGGGUGACCCAGGAGCUCGAUGUCAUCGUUAAUGGCGCCGCCACCACCAACUUCUACGAAAGGUAUGAUGUGGCCCUGGACGUGAACGUGAUGGGAGUGAAACAUAUCUGCAACUUCGCCAAGAAGUGCCCCAAGCUCAAGGUGCUCCUCCAUGUCUCCACAGCUUACGUGGCGGGUGAGAAGCAAGGACUGGUGCAAGAGAGGCCGUUCAAGGACGGUGAGACGCUGCGUGAGGGGACCCGCCUCGAUAUCGACACUGAGCUGAAACUGGCCAAGGACUUGAAAAAGCAGCUCGAGGCCGACGUCGACUCGUCGCCCAGGGAUCAAAGGAAAGCCAUGAAGGAGCUUGGCAUCACCAGGGCCCGACACUUCGGGUGGCCAAACACAUAUGUGUUCACCAAGUCGAUGGGGGAGAUGGUGCUAGGCCAGUUGCAGUGUGAUGUCCCUGUUGUCAUCGUCCGUCCCAGCAUCAUCACCAGUGUCCAGAACGACCCGCUGCCUGGAUGGAUCGAAGGCACCAGGACGAUCGACACGAUCGUGAUCGGCUACGCGAAGCAGAACCUGACAUACUUCUUGGCCGACCUCAACCUCACCAUGGAUGUGAUGCCCGGCGACAUGGUGGUGAACGCAAUGAUGGUUGCAAUAGCAGCGCACAGCUCGUCCUCAUUGGAGAAGACAAAGCCACAUCCCGAGCCACCCGCGGUGUACCACGUGAGCUCGUCGCUGCGUAACCCAGCACCAUACAAUGUUCUUCACGAGGCAGGGUUUCGGUACUUCACGGAGCACCCUCGCGUUGGCCCUGACGGCCACACCGUGCGCACACAUAAGAUGACGUUCCUCAGCAGCAUGGCCUCCUUCCACCUCUUUAUGAUGCUGAGGUAUCGCCUCUUCCUCGAGCUCCUCCGCCUGCUCUCCAUCCUUUGCUGCGGCCUCUUUGGCCUCGACACCCUCUACCACGACCAAGCACGCAAGUACAGGUUCGUGAUGCAUCUGGUGGAUCUGUACGGGCCCUUCGCGUUGUUUAAGGGGUGCUUCGAUGAUGUCAAUCUAAACAAACUCAGGCUCGCCAUGACCAGCGACCACGGUAGCCUCUUCAAUUUCGACCCGAAGACCAUAGACUGGGACGACUACUUCUACAGGGUCCACAUCCCCGGGGUCAUAAAGUACAUGCUCAAGUGAAAUACUCCAUCCAUGCAUCGAAAUUCCGGGUGUUGCCUUAAUUAAGUAAUACGUACAUUGUAAGAAAUGCCCUCCCAAAUUGGGUUCUAACCGUUGAAUAAUCUAUAUGAAAGGGGGAAAUGUGCCUGUCGCUUGAUAGAGCAGAGCAUCAACGUUGCAUAUAUUUUUUGAAGAAGGAAUGCUACAUUAUGUAAUCUCAUUCUGGCUCAUGUAUUGUAUUGCUAAUUAAUUGGGACUAGUA